AUGAUGGACUACGCGCAAUACCAGCAACCACCACAGUCGGCGCAUUCUGGUUACACAAAUUCGGGUGCUGGGAGCGGCAUCACGUCUCCAACGAGUCACAGCAUACAUCAGCACGGCGUUCAGACCUCGCCAAUCCUACCAUCACAGCACCAGACAUCGACUCCGGGCCCAGGACACAACAUGUACCAGACCCAGUACGGCGUGCCCCAGCAGGGCAUGCACUACGGCGUACCCCAGAUCCAGGCAGCUGCUAUGGCUGCGACCGCCGCCGCCGCGGGCGGCCCUAGCUAUUCGGGUUAUAUGCCUUCGGACCCCAGCCUGACCCAGAGCUCUCCGAGGAUGACCUCGGGCGGCAAGAAGGACUCGCGCGAUCCGCGCUCGCCCCAGCAGAUGAAUAACGUCAAUCAGCUACCCGGCCGACGCCUGAGUCAGGUCACGAGCCCCGGCGUGCCGAACGCGCCCAUGAUGAACCAUGCCGCGCGCGGCGCCGUCGCGCCGCCCCCGAUGCCACCGGCCCAGUCCAUGCCGCCUCCGCAGUCGCCCGAGAUGGCGGCGGGUGCCGAAGAGUCUCCGCUAUACGUCAACGCAAAGCAGUUUCAUCGCAUCCUCAAGAGGAGAGUAGCUCGGCAGCGCUUGGAGGAAGCCCUGCGGUUGACGAGCAAGGGGCGGAAGCCUUACCUCCACGAAUCGCGACAUAAUCACGCAAUGCGAAGACCUCGAGGGCCUGGCGGUCGGUUCCUGACCGCAGAGGAGGUGGCGGAGAUGGACAGGGUCAAGAACGCGAACGAGGAGAAGGACGGCGCUGCUGCUAGCGAGACAACGACCGCCAAGGCCGGCUCGAAGCGGAAAUCUGAGACGAGCACGACUACGCCGAACAAAAAGGCCAAGACGGAACCGGUGACUCCCGAUGAUGAGGAGGAUGAUGAUGCGGAGGAAGACAGCUGA